AGGGGCAAAGUGAAAGUUGAAAAGCAUCCGACCCACCCCAAUUUGCUUCAUUGCAGUUAGGUCGGGGCGUUAUGCGACACGUGUCGUGCCACGUCACACAGAGGCUUUAGGGCGUUAUACCACUAGAGCCGUAGUCACAAACCCUAAUAAGAAAUCAGGUUCUCUAUCAGCCUCAGAGAUGGAAGACGAAGGUAAUUAACUGAUACGAUAUAGCGAAUUGAAUUUUCUUUCGUUUAAUUAACAGGUGGAAAGACUCUCAAGCGCCCUUUUGUUAACUCUCCAUCAGAGAUGGAAGACGAAGGUGGAGAAGCUCACGUAAACAUAAAAGGGAAGCGCCCCUGUGAGGAUCUUGACCAGUACUUUGUUGAGAAUCCAAGCUCUGCAUCAGCAACUGUUGCUGCUGGUACCAAUGCUGCUCAAGUGUCUGGAGGAUCCAUUUUCAAGAUUUUGGCUGGUAGACAGGCUCUCAAGUGCCCUCGUGUGGAGGAUCUUGUUGUUAACUCUACAUCAGCAACUACUGGUAGAAAAGCUCAAGUGAAAGGGAAUCAAAGCUCUGCAUCCUUGGUUGAGAUUCCAAGCUCUGCAUCGGCACCUACUGGUGAAAGGCCCUCGCACCCUGCUCUUGACCCUGCAGAGAUAGAAGGUGUCACUUAUGAACUGGUGACCGAAGAAUCCUUUUACGAGCCCCUCACUCCCCUUGUGUUUUCAGAUAUUUAUUACGUAUAUCGCUUCGAUGGAUAUCGCAUGGUUACAGAAGUCAAAUAUCGCCGACCACGUUGCAUCCGGUUGCAAAACUGAAUUAAGAGGAAAACAUGGUCGGCCACGCUCAAGAAGGAAUAUCGUAUCACCUGUUUGACUUGUAAAACUUGUUACUGUCUGAAUGUUUUGGUCAAAUUCACCUUUAGGUUUGUAUGGACCGACUAUGGAUAUCGUAAGCAACUUAAUACUGAUGGUAUGCUUGUUAAUGUUUGUGCAAAUAUGAUAUAUGAUUAGGGCACAUAUUAUCUUUA